AUGGAUGCAAAAUCCAUUUCAGCCAUGGAGGCCAUCAGGGAUGACCCUGUGUUGGCUGUCAACUUGAAAGCUGGCAAGAUGUUGAACAUGCUGGACAGCUUGGGCUACAUCAGGAUUCAAAACCUGAAGCCCAGCCAGCUGCUGGUGCAUCCUGAGAAUAGGUCGGGUGCCAUGGUCAACCCUUUCAAUGUUCACCAAAAAGGCUGGCAAGCACUCAAAGUUGGCUGGUCAGCCAAAAAGCUUGAGGAAAGCUAUGCCCUUGAGGUCAGCCACAAUUGGUCGGUGAAACACAAGCAGUUGCAGGCCAUGCAGACACUGGUUGCUUUCCGGCUGGCUGGAAGCCAGGCGAGCUCCAGCAGGGCGGACCGCCCCCCAGGGGGCACCGCCAUCAGUGGAAGGAUGCUCUCGGGUAUGAUCAUGUCUACAGGGUGCCAGAGAAGACGAAGACGGGCACCCACAACACCCUGGCGCUGGUCGUGGCCCUCUUCCACGCCGGCGAGAUGGCGCAGCUCCACGAAGAGCUGGAACGCCUGGGGGCAUAAAUGGAAUAUCCAGCCCCAGGUCCAGCAAAUGCUGGAAGCCCACCGGGCUGAGGGCCUUGAAGGCAUCCGCCGGCUGGGGUACCUGAAGUGA